GUCAAAACUCAACUUCCGGGUCCUGAAACGUUGCAAAACAGACAACCCACCACACAGACACUGGACGUGGAAUACAACCCCACUGCAAAAUUUGAGCUGCAUAUCAUUUGGAAAAUCCGUAUACAGUGAUGACGUCAGAGGUCCUGCAGGUACUACGCGGGGCAAGUAAAGUGGGAUCUGCACUGAUCGCCACCCAAGGGGAACAGCUCCGAUUCAUUGCCUGUAAUUCCUCACUGGCAGCAGGAGUUAAGGUUGCCCAGGAAGCUGUAGAAGGGCUGGUGGGUGCCUUCAUGGGUGGCAGCAAUGUGCAACAGUCAGUCAAGGAGGAUGUAUUUCCUGAUGUGGAGGGCUGGGAGAACAUGGAUGUUGAUGAAGCUGCCAAAUGGGCUGUGGGUUCAGAGUUCUCGCCUGUUGCUGGAGACCACACAGAAACAGAAGCCGGUGCUGCAGGAGUGCCUUCUGGCUCAGGGGCAUCUUCAGCAGGCCCGGGUUGGCCAGGCCAGAACGCACGAUUCCUACACACGACUCUCUCCCUCCAGCCAUUCUUCCGUCAAACCCGAUGUGUCCAUGAUACGGUGGUGACGAGGCUAACACCAGAAGAUAUCAAGAAGGCCAGAGAGGCGAAGCAGGCUUUAGUUAAACCUAUUCGACAGAGGCUGAGUGACCGUGCCAGAGAGAGGACGGUUCCUGCAACAAGAAUCAGCAGGUUGGCUAAUUUUGGAGGACUAGCAGUGGGGCUGGGCAUUGGCGCCAUUGCUGAAGUAGCUAAACAGUCACUGGGAGGCAAACAAAAAGGAGACAAGAAUGCCUUGCUAGACUCUCCUCUCUUGUCGGAAGCCAAUGCGGAGAGAAUUGUCAGUACGUUGUGCAAAGUCCGUGGGGCUGCACUCAAGAUAGGACAGAUGCUGAGCAUACAAGACAACUCUUUCAUCAACCCUCAACUGCAGAAGAUCUUUGAAAGGGUCCGACAGAGCGCAGACUUUAUGCCAACCUGGCAAAUGACUAAAGUAUUAGAGCAAGACCUGGGACCGAACUGGAGGGAGAAGUUGUCGUCUUUUGAGGACAAACCGUUUGCCGCCGCCUCCAUCGGCCAGGUGCAUCAUGGUGUUUUAAAAGAUGGCAGAGAAAUUGCCAUGAAGAUCCAGUACCCUGGAGUGGCGGAAAGCAUUCACAGUGACAUUAACAACCUAAUGUCAGUCCUGAAGAUGAGUGUUGUCCUCCCCGAAGGCCUCUUUGCAGACAGCAGCUUAGAGGUUCUCCAGAGAGAAUUAGCAUGGGAGUGCAACUACGAGAGAGAGGCCGAGUGUGCCAAGAAAUUCAGAUCACUGCUGGAGGGAGAUGACUUUUUCCAGGUUCCUGAGGUGGUUGACGAGUUGUCAGGACGCAGAGUGUUGGCAAUGGAGCUGGUACAGGGGGUUCCAUUAGACUGCUGUGUGGACUUGGACCAGGAGACCAGGAACAAGAUCUGCUUCAACAUCCUCCAGUUGUGUCUCAGGGAGCUUUUUGACUUCAGGUUCAUGCAGACGGAUCCUAACUGGGCCAACUUCUUUUACAACUCUGAAACAAAAAAGGUGAUUCUUUUAGAUUUUGGAGCAUGCAGAAGCUACCCAGAAUCGUUCACAAACGACUACAUAGAGGUGGUGCACGCAGCUUCCGUGGGUGACCGAGCCACAGUUCUUGCCAAAUCCAAAGACCUGAAGUUCCUGACAGGAUUCGAGUCCAAGGCCUUCGAGGACGCUCACGUGGAGGCUGUGAUGAUUCUCGGUGAAGCGUUCGCGUCUUCCGAGCCGUUCGACUUCGGCACCCAGAGCACAACGCAGCGCAUCCAGAGUCUCGUCCCCGUCAUGCUGCGACACCGCCUCACCCCGCCGCCGGAGGAGACCUACUCACUGCACCGUAAGAUGGCGGGGUCCUUCCUCAUCUGCUCCAAGCUGAGGGCCAGCAUAGCAUGCAGAGACAUGUUUUUGGACGUGUACAACGCCUACAACCAGAGGAGACACGCCAAACAGGCAGCACAGUCCAAUGCUUAGACACCUUCCUGGGAGGUCUGCAGAUAAAGGACUUGGAUACAUGAUGGAGUUGUGCGCUAAUGUGCUUAUUAGGGACCGUUUUCAAUUUAUCCAGUCAGAUUGUUGGCUGGCAUCGGCAUUGUGGUUUCAUGACUGUACUGCAACAUAUUGUAAAUAAUGAUUUGAAAAUGAGAUAUAUGUCGGUAAGGCAGGCUGAAGCUGAGAUGGGAUGGUCAUAUUAGCAACAAAAUCUGUAUAAUAAUUCAAAAUAAUUUUUGGAAUGAUGGCUUUAUUUAUGCCUUUUAACUAGCACGUGCAAUUGCUUCGUUCUCAUGACUUGGAAGAUGCUACGUUGUGUUUAAAUUCUCGUAAAUGUACAGUAAGCUGCAACUGACAGAACAUCUAGAGUUGCUUUCUAUUAUGUUGACUCCAUGGACAACACAUGCCUUACACUACGAUAUAUAUUUCAGUGCAAUAUUGCAUCUACUGUAACCUAUAAGGCCUUGUGUUUUCAUUUUUAAUGUAAAAUAAAGAUUUAUGUCUAUAAAUGAGCUUUACUGGGAAGCCAAGAUUGUUUUCUGCAUUGAUCUGUCUGGGACAGUUUUAGACAUAUUUGAGAAAUAAUCAUUAAGUGGAGUCCAUUAAAGAUUUUGGUGCAUUAAAAGACCUUGCCUCAAG